AUGCAUUAUGUUCGUACGCGUAGUGUUGCCUUAAUAGAUAUCCAUCGAAAUUUAAAUUUAUCUCGAGAUAUUGCUAUUUUGACACGUCUUUUCAUUCUUCUUACUUUUAUUAUUAAAGUAGCUAUGCAACAUAUACUUAUUCCUAUUAUUUAUGUUCUGUUUGGUUAUGCUCCAUUAUGGGCAAGUCCAUUCGAAUGGUUUACAACUCUAUUUUCACUUGUUUGUGUUGCAAUCAUUCAAAUAUUUAUCAAUCCUCACUUGAAAAAAUUAUUUGCAAGAACAAAUCAUGUGAAUGUCGAGACGAUAGCAUUACAGCCGGUAACAAUGUAA